GUUUUUCUGUGCACUGGAAAACAAUUAGUCCAUCUCCUCUGAACUCUGAGCAUAAUGAUUUGUUUGUCUGUACAAGUUGUGGCUUGGGAGGAGUGGUAUGGCGUGCAUGUGUGUGUGUGUCUGUGUGCGUUUCCCAGGGCUGUUCCCCAGACCGUCAGCUGAUAGAGCAGCAGAGGUAGUGUUGGGUUUCAUCAUGCUGUUUAUUCCCCAGUCUUCACUGUGAGUGAAAACAGGGAGGGGACUUUGCUCUUCGGGCGUGUGUGUGUGUGUUUGCUGUGGUGCUGACAUCUCUAGACUUGGUAUAAGGCACACAGAGGCACUGCAUGUCCCCACAGGGUAAAAGCACAUCAGCUCCCCUCUACCCUUCCCCUCUGUCAUCCCCGCACCCCCUUCAAUUUCUCCUCUUCACCUCCCCAACACAGCCUGAGGCGUCUCUGUUGUGAAUUCAGCCAACUGCGUCAACAUCAGAGGAGAAUAAUCGCUGGCUGUGUGACUGCGCUGCACUCUUGUUAUUUAUUUCUUUGUUUUGUCUUGUUUUGGGUUGUUUUUUUCCACCCUCUAGUUUGUUUCUUCUCUUGUCGCUCUCUUCUGGUUCCUCUUUCACCUCCAGCCACAUACUGCGACACUGACUGCCAAAGACAGAUGACCCAAGCUUGGCAUGUGUCUGUGUGUGUUUAUAUAUGCGGGUGUGUGCGUGUGUGUACCAGGAGUGGUGAGGUCUGGUUCUAACCCGGUGCUAUUAAUACACCCUAAUGAACAUAAUCUGGAGGGCAGGUUAUCCUCUUACGUUUGUUGGCUGGGCGACUAAUGGGAGGAGCAGCGAGUUAGUGAAAGAGGAGGGAAAAGCUGUGCUGUAGUUUCACACUGAGUGCGCCUCCUCUACCAAGCUGCAGUGCCUUCUCUCUCGCUCUGUUGAGAGAAUGGAAGAAAUAGAAAGCUAAGAAAAUGUUUAAAGUUUCGUUUCUCAACCAAGCUGAUUCCCAUGUAUAUUAACCACCUUCUGUCGCCACCUCUCUGGAUGUGAUGCUCCAGAGAGGAGCGCUGUUAAGUGUGUGUUUGAGUGCAUAUGAAUAUAUACACUGAGUAUACCGGCUGACAAUAGUAUAGGAUUAAAACACAACUUUUGGAGUACAAACACUGGAAGCUUCCCAGUUAUGAACACUCUACCAGCUUACUCAGGAGCUAGAAUAUCUGGCUGUUGGACGCUAAGAUCUGAUGGCAGUGGAGGUGGCGAGGGAUCACUCGACCGUCUCCUCCCCUCGGUAAGCACAGGCCUCUCGCCCAGGAAAAGGACAACCAGCCAGUGUAAGUCAGAGCCUCCUCUGCUACGCACCUCCAAACGAACAAUCUACACUGCUGGUCGCCCACCCUGGUACAACGAGCAUGGAACACAGUCCAAAGAGGCAUUUGUCAUUGGCCUGUGUGGUGGCAGUGCUUCAGGAAAGACAACUGUAGCAAGGAAAAUCAUAGAAGCUUUAGAUGUACCCUGGGUUGUACUACUCUCAAUGGACUCUUUUUACAAGGUCCUGUCCCCAGAGCAGCAGGCAAUGGCUGCCAGUAACGACUAUAACUUUGACCACCCAGAUGCCUUUGACUUUGAUUUGCUGACACACACCUUGCGCAAACUCAAACUGGGCAAGAGCGUGAAAAUCCCUGUGUAUGACUUUACAACUCAUGGGAGACAAAAGGACUGGAAAACAGUUUAUGGAGCCAGUGUUAUCAUCUUUGAGGGAAUCAUGGCCUUUGCAGAUAAAGAACUGUUGCAGUUGCUGGACAUGAAGAUCUUUGUGGACACAGACUCUGACAUCCGCCUGGUGCGCCGAUUGAGGAGGGACAUUACAGAAAGGGGCCGAGAUAUCGAGGGGGUCAUCAAGCAGUAUAACAAGUUUGUUAAGCCAGCUUUUGAACAAUACAUUGAGCCUACCAUGCGACUGGCUGAUAUCGUGGUGCCACGUGGUGGUGGCAACAUGGUGGCAAUCGACUUGAUCGUACAGCAUGUUCACAGUCAGUUGGAGGAGAGGAAACUUCGCUGGGAUAUGGCAGCCCUGGCUUCUGCACACCAGGCCCAACCCCUCCCCCAGACCCUCAGCGUUCUGGAGAGCACACCUCAAGUCAGGGGCAUGCACACCAUCAUCAGAAACAAGGAAACCAGUCGCGAUGAGUUCAUCUUUUACUCUAAGAGGUUGAUGCGGCUGCUGAUUGAACGAGCCCUCUCCUUCCUCCCCUCACAGGUCCACAUAGUGCAGACCCCCCAGGGAGAGGAUUACGAAGGCAAGACUUUCCACGGAAAGAGGAUCACAGGGGUGUCCAUCCUGAGAGCCGGGGAGACCAUGGAGCCGGCUCUGAGGGCCGUCUGCAAAGACGUCCGCAUCGGCAAGAUCCUCAUCCAGACCAACCAGGACACGGGAGAGCCAGAGCUCCAUUAUCUUCGUCUACCGAAAGACAUCAGUGAGGACCACGUGAUUCUAAUGGACUGCACUGUGUCCACUGGAGCUGCUGCCAUGAUGGCCGUGCGAGUCCUGCUGGAUCAUGAUGUUCAAGAGGACAAGAUCCUGCUGGUUUCUUUGCUCAUGGCUGAAAUGGGAGUCCAUUCUGUGGCUUACGCAUUCCCGCAGGUCAAAAUCAUCACCACGGCUGUCGACAAGAAAGUCAACGAUCUCUUUCACAUCAUACCUGGAAUAGGAAACUUUGGAGAUCGGUAUUUUGGAACAGACGCACCGCCUGACUGGAGUGAUGAAGACAUGGAUGAGCCCAGUUACUAAAUCAAUUGCUGUCAGUUGACUUACUUUUUGAGAGAGUCGGGGCUGUGCUCCUGGACGAUAUGAAGACAUACCAUUUGCCCCCGUAUGGCUGCUGUUGAAAAAAAAAAAAGACUAAAGAGAAGAAAAAUAUUGCGUAUUUGCAGUCACUUUGUAUCAUUUUGUUUGUUUUUUAAAUAAUAUUAUUUAAUUUUGUGUUAAAUAUAUUUUUAUUUGUACAGAAUGUAAUAAGGUCAAAGUGUUUUAGCACUUAAAUUGUGACAAUCUCUAUCGACUUCUGCAGAAAUGUUCUGAAAAGAUUUUUCUAGCCUUAAACCAUGUACUGUGGAUGACACAACUGAAUGUGAAAUUGCAUGUGACAUAAAAGGAAAAGAAAGAAAAAAAGAAGUAAACUUUUUAAGGUUAUUUUUUACCACGCACCUUCCUCACAACUUUCACAAAAGUAAAAUCAGAACAUGAACUCAUGUUGCUCAACUUCCAUCGCCAUGAGCACUUUCUGAAGGACCAUUCAAUCGGAAAAUGUGUAGGUGUAUUUUUUUUUUUUUGUCUCUUUUUUUUUUAGCUCACUGGUUCACUCUUUUCCUUCUCUGUGGAUGCUGACCUAACCAGUUGAAAAGGAUGUUGAAAAGCAUUUUUCAUUAUGCGGCUUUAAGUGCGUACUUGUGGUGCGUAUUUAUGCAGAAUGUCGCUCAUUUGCAUAUUUUUUUACUAUGGAUAGUCCUGACCAGUCAGCGAGCAGCUCGUACGUCUUUUUGUUGCAGUGAAAAUGGGUCAUCUUCAUUUAUGUGAAGUGUUUAUUUUAGUCUCUCAGAUCCCAAUUUAUCCCUCCAUUAUUUUAUUUUUUUCAGCAACGCAUCAGAUUGUUUGUUCAAAAACGGCUUUUGUGGACAUAUGAACUCAAAAUAUCCAAAGGUCACAAAGAGUCCUGAUAGUGCCUCAUCUUUAAACUGUCACGCUAAAAAUGAAUGAGAUCUGUUAAUGCCGUUGCCUGUUUAACAUUUCCUUACUUUUUGCUGAAAAUGAUGCUUUAGUUUGCCAAACACGAGGCGCUUCGCUUCAUCCUUGCAGGUAUACGAGUCCGGGAUAUUUGAGGAAAGUUGUCUAUAAACUUCUGAUAUUAUAAACCGGGCCAUAAUUACCAUUACACAGUGUUCAGUUUAACAACAUUUUCUAUUUUUUCACAGUCAGUUAUUUGCUUUUUUGAGGAAAGGAUUCAUAAAACAACAAAGGAAAAAAAAAAACCAUUGCACUGAAAUUGUAAAUCUGUUCUGUCACAUACGCAGCAAGUUCACCUUUAAAUAUUAAUUGUGUGUUAAUGUACAUUAAAUGUGCACGGGUAUAAACCGAUUGUGUUAUGUAGCCUCAUUGGGUUUUACUCAUCUGCAUGUUUUGAUUUUGUUUCUUUUUGGGGCUUUGUUUGGUUUUGUUUUGCUUUUUUUACAGAUUGAAUAAAAGUGCAAUACAACUUUUAAA